AGUAAACUAACAUUUCCGGUGAUCGGCGACACGACAGCAGUGAGGAAUGAAAGUUUUGACCAGAAAUUGGCGAUUCCUGAGGUAAGUGCGUCUGCUCGUCAGGACACGGCAAUAUUCUCUUCCUUUAGGUCUCUUUCCUGCAAAGUAACACGUAAAUGACUUCCCUGUAACAUGCAGUUGUUCACUCAUAUUUUGUUAUCCCACUUACAUUUAAGACUCAAAUUUUGAGUUUAUUAGCUUAAAUUUGUAAAACACUAUGCUAGAGUAUAAUUGUAGUUUUUUUGGUAUCUCUCUAGUUUGAAAAAAAAUAAAUAAAUAAAAGCACGUGGAAGUAGUUACGUUGAAAAAUCGAGGAGAUCGCAGAACAACCGGCCCGCUAAAUGUCUUAGGGCCUGUUUACAAAGAGAGAGGGCUGCCCUUGUUCGAGGGUUACCCUUGCAAGCGGGUUAAAGUUAGCUCUGGUUUACAAGCAAAUUUCACAGGUAGAGUUACCCUAUCACCUGGGCCAACUUUACCUCUUUACCAGCUUUGCUGACGUGUUUCGUCAUGUGUGACAUCCUCUGUAACGGUUUAAAAUUUGAAAUAAUCUUGAUGUUCUUUAUGGAAAACACAUUAAAUUCACAAAAAAAAGAAGGGAAAAUAUUAUCGUCGUAGACAGAAGAUAACUUUUUUUUCCCCAGAUGUUUAGAAUUAAGCUCAGAAAUUGGAUACUGCCAUUCAAAUUGGCAGGAUUACUGGUCAUGCAUGACGGCAGAAAGUUGACCCGGGUAGACGAGUUAUCCCUAGCUGAAUGUUUACAAGGCAGGUAGGGUAACCCUCUUGCUAGGGUAACCCUAGCACUCAGGUAGGGUUUGUUGCCCUAGUGCUAGGGUAACCCUCUUGCUAGGAUAAUCCUAGCCCCAGGGUUACCCGUCCUCCUUGUACACAGGACCUUACUUGAAAAACUGCUCCCUCAGUCCCGCAGUCAUGUUCGAUCAUCCCAAAUAUUUAAACUCAAAUCAAUUAAAAGUGAGUAAAAAGAGCAUUCCUGCAGUUCCACACUCCUGCAGUAGCUGAAAAGUGAAUAUAAGUUGGUAAACAACCAGGGCCGUAGCUACCUGUAUGCACGGUACGCACGAGCAUACCUGAAAAACUGUUGAGGGUAAAAUAAUAAUAUAAAAUAAAAAGCGAACUCUCUGAAAAAAACAAAAGUUUCCUCAAUUCGUUUAAUUCUGCUUGUUUUGCUGAAAUAGUUUUUUAAAACAAUGAACUCUUUCUUUUUUACACCUGAAUGUUGGUUACUAGCGAAGCAACACAUGAUUCAUUCGUGGAACAAUGUAUUUACAGAAAAUGACAGGAAAAGCCCAGUGGCAAGCUGAAUGUAUAAAGCGUGAAAACGGUGUUGUAGGGGGGGAGGGGGUGGGGGGUGACAAAUUUGGAAAAUUGUGCGUACCUUUAUAAAAAUCCUGGCUAUGCCCCUGACGACUAGUGCUCCCACAGUUCCAUACUGCCACAGUCGAUGUUUUUUCAUAGAUAUAUUAAUGAUUGGAACUCUUUGCCUUCUGAAGUAAUGUCAUCUCCUAGCCUUCAGUCUUUUAAAGUUUCACUGAUUAAGUACCUUCGCUCAUAAUUUACCUUAAAAUAUUAGGCAUAGUGUCUUUAAUAUAAGUUUAUGCAUUAUUAUUAGGCACCUAGGUUUAUAAUUUAUAGUCUAAUUUAUAGUCUUUUAAUAUAUGUUUAUAUAUUAAUUAAUCAUUUUUUUUCUUUUUUUUCUUUUUUCUUUUUUGGAAGGUAUGUCUUAGCAUGGGAAUUUGGUUUCCCCCUACUACCGUCCUGUUAACCAUUUUUGUAUUUUUGUUCGAUUGUAUAUGUUAGUAUUAGUUCAUUUGUAUCAGUUAUGUAUGGUUACGAACUGUGAUUAAAGAUUAAAGAUUAAAGAUUAAAGAUUAAAGAUUAAAGAAUUUAUUAUGCAAAUCGGACUACUGCCGUUAGCAGUUUUUUUAAGUUAGAUAUUUAGUGGGCAGGGUAUUCUACAAUUUGGCCAAAAAAUCCCAAGGCAUUCGCCCUUAUCAAAGUAAAAACAGUCUGGAGUUUGUCUUCCCCCUACCGUUAAGCCAAAGUGAGUAUCUUAGGGGCUGUCUACACUUGGGAACCACCGCCUGGGUAUCAACACAAUAUGGUUUUGUGUUCACACCUUGAUCAGUAUUCAAAAUAUAACUAUGCACAUUUUGCCCCAUCAGACGCCACUUUGAAACAUGAGCUUAGCAUGCCCCAGAACGUACACACAGGGACCCAGCACCCCCUUUUAUGCCCGAGUACAAUUAAGGUCCUCCUCAGGCAAAGACACCAAGACUAAAUUUUAGCAUGGUUACUUAAAAAAAGGGUGUGUUCAAAUUAGUGACCAGCAAGUACCAUACUCGGACACUGUGCAUGGGCACCAAAUGUGAACGCUGGCUUAGGGCUAUAGGUAUAUAUUCCCAUUUCCAUAACCCACAAUGAAACUCUUUAAAGAUAUUGGGUAUUAACAGCCCUGGUUGAUGACCUAUAGGGCUGUCUUGGUUGCUUAUUUUAAGUCAAGAGGGGUGCAUAAUUCAGGAAGGAAUUGUGAUAAGGGAAGGGAGCCAAAUUGUCUUAGCAAUCAGUGGUGAACUACGUUUUUUAUUCAGACUGGUUUAGUCCAGACAUCAUGCCAACUCCGCGACUUAUUAUAAACCAGUGUAUGUUAUAUUCUUUACAGAUUUCUUCCACAAUUAGAAGGCUGGAAUAAAGACUUACUGUGUAGAAAUUGCCUUUCUGACAAGGGUGGCGGACCACAUCUUCUUUGUUCUUCAAGUACUGCGGUAAUUAAAUUAUAAAAUAAAUUGCUUAGCAUCUACAUGUAUAUCAUAGCCACCCACUAUAAUAAUUAAUAACACCAUUCUAUAGCUGCUUAGAAAUCUUUCAUUGCUCACAAUGUGAUAAUAUCACUUUGAAAGUUUAAAAUAUUUUGUAUCGUGUGAAUAAAAGUUGUAAACAAUUAUUAUUGGAUGAGGUUUUUGUGGUAUCCAGAAUAAUCAGGGUAGAGGUAAGUGUUAUCAGCCAAGCAGAAGGCCGAGGCUGAUAACACUUGCCCAGACCUUUAUCCACCGGAUAUUACAAAAACCGAAUCUAAUAAUUGUUUUAUUAUACAUUGUUUUGACAAAAAGAAUGACAAAGACACUGUUGCAUGGAACUGAAUUGACCUUGCUUUUGGAAUUCAUGCAUAAUUUUAAUUGCAUGCGCAACCAACAGAUUAGCCAUUUAUCUGCUAGUAGAUAACCAACUAAUCUGUAGGUUGCGCUGAUUAUUUUCCAAAAUUAGCUACAUAGGCUGUUAGCCAGUGAGAAGACAGAUAGUGAGUUCAAUGUGUAAUAAUUAUAUUUAUUGUUCUAUUGCUCAGGUGCACAAUGUAGAAUCUCGUUGGGUUAAUCUUCUACUCAAGAUGGCUGAUCAUGAUGUACCCACCACUGAGGCUCUUCCAUCACAAAAUAGGAUGACUCAAAUCCGUGAAAUGUUGAGUACAGCAGUUAGAAUGAGGAGAACAGUUUCUUCUGGUGACCUUAUGCCAAAUGUAAGCAGCACUUGUUGUUUUAGACAUUACACAGAUUUAGCAAAGACAAUGUGACAAUGGUGAUGAUGGUUCUGGCAGAUCCUGGGAGGGGGGGGGGGGUGUACUCCCUUGGAUUUUGUGUGUGCCGCCCAGGGUCUUAAACCCUGACCCUAUUUAAGGAGGAGACAAACAAAAACUGAUACCCUAUUUAAAGCUCAAAACUGAAAAGUGAGACCCAAUUCAAGGGAAAAACAAAACUAAGAAUUUUAUGGAAACACACAAAUCUUACUUAAUUUGCUUUCUUCAUACUCUAAGGUAGAGUUCCAUUUAAACAGAUGAAUCGUUUCUCGUGUAGCUGGGCAUUUAUUUAUAUAUGCCUGUAUAUAAUAAUGAUAUCCUCUCUAAGGAAGGCACAGGGAACACAAUACCCUGGGUACCAGAGACUUUUCUAGCAAGGUUUCCGGUUUCUGUCAAGUCUUUAUAGUGACCCUUGCGGCUUCGGCCUAUGACCGAAGAUGUGUUGGCCUUCGGCUAUCACUGAAAAUUCCCGCCGCACACGAGAAAAACCUCUGGUACCCAGGGUAGGAGCACAACACCAACAAGGACAAAAGUGAUACCCUUUAUAAGGAUAAUGUGGACCCCCCUUGCAGUACAAAAAAAAAUAAGAACUUGAAGUUAUAUUCAGUCCUUUCCAAUAUUUUCUAAUUUUCUUGCAGGCUGUUGCUAAAGAGGUUAGGCACUUUUACAGUGGCUUAAUGACAAAGGUAUUAAAACAUACAACUAGUGUCUCUUGAAUUGUAUCAUUUUAAUAAACUUAUAUUUGAAACCAGCAUAGGCACAAUGUUCAUUUGAGACUGCGAGCCAUCCCUUUUUAGUCAAUCAAGUUGUGGCUCGGCAGUUGGAAAGCAAAAGAGCUGAGAAGAGAACUGGAGAGAUGCAGAAAGUAAAGGACUGCUCUCUUCUCUUCCCAACUGCCAUAUGAAAGUGAUGGGAAUGUAAAUCAUAGUGUGAGUUUAAGGGGUGUUAUUAUAAUUUGGGCUCACUAUCUGUCUUCUCAUUGUCUAAGAGCCUACAGUUAGUUUUGGAAAUCAUUCAACCUUCAGCUUAAUUAGUUAGUUAUCUACUAGCAUAUAACUGACUAAUCUGUAGGUUGUGCUUGCAAUGCAUAUUUUCCAAAAACAGUGUCGUGUCAGUUUCAUUCGAUAAUGUGUUGUCAUUAUUUUCUUCCAAACAAUGUUUAAUAAAAAAUUGUUAGAUUCUGUUUUUGUGAUAGAUAUCUGGAAUAAUGAAAGGUCUCGAUAAGUGUUGACAGCCUCAGCCUUCGGCUCUGCUGAUAACACUUACCUUGACCUAGAUUACUCUGGAUACCACAAAAACCGCUUCUAAUAAAUAAAUUGUUUAGAAUUAGCAGAUUUUGGUCUUACUUAGGGUCUUCAGGAUAGAGAGCUAAUACUUUUUAUCCAGUCAACUGUAUGGCCGAAUUGUCUUCUUUAUGGGUCAAUUAAAGCCUGAGCAAUGCCAGAUUUGUUCUCUUUUAAGGUUAUAAAUCGAAUUUUUUGACAGGUAUCCCCAACAUUAAGUCCCUCUCCCUCCACCUGCCACUCCUUCGUCUGUUUCCCUCCUCCCCUGCUCGCCUGUAACAUUCCUGCUUGUGGAACGUUCUUGUAGCCUGCGAAGCGCAGACGCAUUUCCGAUCGUCGCUUCUCUCCCUACGUUCUUGAGAAUCUACUAGCAAUCUAAAUGUUUAUGUUGAAACUUGCAUGUCACAACAGGCUGAAAAACUGGCGUUUUUUCUUGUCCUCGAACGUGAUCUCGGAGUUGACCAUGCAGAAGUUAUGGAAACUGCGGCAAGCCUAUCAAAAGCUCAGGUCAGUGGCUAAAAGUGAUUUCAAUUCAUUCUGGUCUGACCAAUUUCGAAUAUUUCUUUUUCUUCCUAAAUGAGUUACUGCUCCAGACAGGAACAUUGUAUGCAGUUGAUUUGUGGGAGUGCACUGUAUAAUUAGGGAACUUAAGCAACGACGACGCGGACGGCAACGAGAACGGCAAAAAAGCAAUAGGUUUGAUUAGCAAAGCAACAACUUUGCACGUGCUAUCACGCUUUUUUUGUACAUUUCUUUGCCGUCGUUGCCCGACUACAACGGGAAAAUGCCUGAAUUCACGUUUUGUCGAGGACGGGAACACAAGACAACAACUUUCUUUUCUUUUCCUGAACUUCGAUACACUCCUUUAGAAUUCAACUCCAAAAACAUUUGCCAACAUUUGACGAAGUAAACGAGAUGGAAUGAGCGCGAUAAAAUUUGAAGCGGUGCGAAUUCACUUUUUAAGUGACGUUUUUGUAGCCGUCGCCGUCGUUGUUGCUUAAGCUCCCUAUUAUGACAACGAGGAUUACUAUAUUCUAGCCAAGAGCUUGAUUCUGUUGGAGAACUAAGAUUUUGCCCUUUGUCUCAUGCCCCUGCCCAAAACAGAUUUUUGUAACUCAUUUUGUUGAUAAGGUUUUUAGCACUAGAAAACAGCCGACAUUUCGGGACGCCACCCCUGGUUUCCUCGCGAAAUGACGUCUGAGAAUCGAGCGCAGAACUUCCACUGAUGACCUGUUACUACCCGGAUCUGGUUAGUGCCUCUGAUUGGUCGUGCCGCGUAGGAAAUUUGUUUCAACCAAUCGGAAGCACUACGCAGAUCUGGGUCGUGACGCGUCACCAGAAUGGAAUUUCUGCGCUCGUUUCUCAGACAUCAUUUCGCGGGGAAACAAGUGACCACCAGUGGUGGCGUCGUGAAAUCUCGGCUGUUUUCUCAGGCUAUAAGAUUUUUUAUUUUAUUUUUUUUAUGGAGCAGAAAAAUGGAGUUCCAGCCAUGUUGAGAGCUGAAGAUAAGCUGCGACAGGCGCUUGAGCCGGCUCAUAUCCAGUUGUUAUCACAGAUCAGCAAGCUACAGGGAGGCGUCAAGGAUAUUGUGGACAUGAGAAAUGAUCUGUUGGUAAGAUAAAAGAGAGGGCGGAUGAAAAUGAUGUUGGGUAACAAUGCAAGAUGAUUGAACUUUGUGUUAACUCACCUAUUGUACACAUGAAUCCACUCCCCAACGCCCACACACGUCUACAUUUUCUCCGCUUUGUGUUAGAAAACUGAUUUUAACCCAAAAAAGGCUAGUUUAGUGUUCUUUGUUCUAAAACGUGUGGUAUCAAGGGUUGUCGUUUGUGACGUCGCACCAAAGAACUUAUCGAGAAGUGUGCGAGUAAACUAAAGAUAUGGUUCAGAAUACUUGCGGUGGGUAAGUUGAACGUGUUUUUAAAAAUAAACUGAUCGGUCGUCCUUAUUAAAGGAGUCGGCUACAUUUAUGAACUAGCAUUAGGGAUUUGGAAAAACGCAAAAAUAAUUUCACGCCAAACCUUAAACCAUCAAUGCAAAAAUAAACUGAUCAGUCGUCCUUAUUAAAGUUAGAAUCCUUCUUGAUCUCUUGUGUGGCUUCACAUUUAAAACUGCGUAGAAACACUGAAAAUUAAGGAGUAAUUCCUCACCUAUGAUAUUAGCGUAGAAACACUGAUCACCAAAGCAACGUUCUCAGUUUCGUUGAGUCACAGGCUUUGGUUACGACCGGCAGUUCGGCACCUUUUUGAACAAUAAAAUUCUGGUUGACUGUCAGAUGCAAAAGGUUAAAUGUGAAGUGUCUUUUAUUACCAAGGAAGGAUUGAACGAUGAGAAAGACCCUGUUGCCAGACAAGAGCUUCAGGCUUUAAGCACCUCUAUCAAGAAUUUACUGGCUCAAUGGUUUGCAGUUGGAUUGUUGGAUCUUAAACAAGUCACGUGGGAUUCACCUGGAAGCAUUCUUGAAAAGGUGCUUACCUGACAUCGAUCGUUGUUAUUGUUUUUCUUGUUGUUGUUGUUAUUUUGUUUGCGAAUUAACGAGGCGUAAUUAUGCUAAAAGUCAGAACGCCAGAACAGCACAGAAAACCUGGCAAUAGUAAAAUGACCACAGCGUAGUAAUCUGGACUUAGAUGUAAAGUGUGAAUAGAAAUUUACUUGGGUCCAGUUACGGGGAUAAUGCAUCAAGGUGCCGUUGCUAGUCAUUGUUGAUCACUUACUGAAGCAAUCAGUCAUACUGGGGCAUGCGCAGACUAAUUAACAAUUAUUCCUCGAGCCCGAAUUGGCUCUGAGUCAGUAGCCAAUUAGGCCGAAGGCCGAAUGGGCUACUGACUCAGAGGCCAUGAGGGCAAGAGGAAUAAUUGUUUUAGUAAAAUCCAACUAGUUGGUCGAAAAUAUCGAGAGUAAAAAACUUUUAGUUCGUUAAAGCUAGACUUGAAUCCUUUUUUGCCGCCAAAAAGCCCGCGCUUUUUGCUACUAGUGGGCUAUAACAUAUAGCCUUGCAGUAUCUCAACCAAUCAGAACGCAGCAUUGAUAAUAGACCACUAGCUGGAUUUUACUAAAUUGUAAUAGACUGUUAUAUUCAGAAAUACUCGCUAAUGAGAUUCUUGCUCCUUAUGGAAGACAUCACGAAGUGUCCCGUAACCUUAAUCCUUACCUGAACGCAAGCAAUUCUGUCAAAACCGAAAUCAUAUGGAAAUUCAAAUAAUUGUGUUCAAUAUAAAGUACUCAUCACGGUAAGUGUUGUGUGUAUUUCUGCACAAAAGUGACUCGGGAAUAACGCAUCAAGUGAUAUCGCUUCUAGUCAUUAGGGUAAGACGUAAUUGUAAUAGAGUGACACUGAUUAACGUAUUUUGCCCGGUUCUGUAUGCCUUUUUUACUUGUGUUUCCAGUAAUUUGAUUGCCUGUAGUUGUGUGAAAACUACAACAACAAUAAGAUUGUUGUUGGUCUACUGACAGGGUUCUUUGUAAAAUUGUGUACUUGAAAGUCUCUUCCUGAAAAUCGCAGAAAUACUGCACAUCCCCAGAGAUAACAACGAGUCUUUCACAAUCGCAAAAAUUAGUUCCCGCAAAAAAUCUCUAAUCCGCAAAAUUAUACUUCUGCAAAAAUUUUGUGGCACACGCUAACUUAUUUCUCUUACCGUGAAAGAAGAUUUUUCCGUAGAAGGAAAGCUAGCCUGCACCCGGCUCUCAGUCAGUGUGGAUGAGCGAAAAAAAGCGCGCGACCCCCUUCGUACUCCCCUGGAACAGGCUAAAGGAAAGCUUUUCUCACAUGCCUUAAUAAAUGUUCGUUUCUUUUAGAUUAUACGUUACGAGGCAGUACAUUCUAUGUACGGCUGGGAAGAUCUAAAGCGGCGGCUUGCUCCUGACAGGCGGUGUUAUAUCUACACUCAUCGCUCCAUGCCUGGGGAGCCUGUGGUAGUCUUACAUACGGCCUUGGAAUACGAAAUUUCUGAUAAUAUUCAGGUUUGUUUAAUAACAGUUAUAUUGAAACAUCAUCGCAGUUUAAAAUUAAUCACGGUGUAGAGGCGAUUUUACUUACCUUCUCGGAAGAAAGGAAAAUGGUUAGAAUUUUACGGAGUAUUGAAAAAUCGGGAUAGAAUUAUAGUGUUUAAUUACGAAGGAAAGUUAUAGUUUUGGUUUGAAUUAUCGAGAUUUUCAAGAAACUGAGGGUUCGACGAAUCAAGAUUCUUGUAUGCAACGUGUUUUUAGGGCAGUGAAACCGGCGUUGAUCAAGACGCCCAGAAAUGGUUUAAAUCUUACCUAACUAACCGAAUGCAAAGGUGUAACGUAAAUAAUCAUCUAUUUAGCGCGAGCCCUCUAAAUUGUGGCGUACCUCAAGGGUCAAUAAUUGCUCCUCUUCUUUUCUUUAUCUAUAUAAGUGAUCUGCCAAAUUGUUUAAAUGUGGGGACUCCUAGAAUGUAUGCCGACGACACGGCAAAUAUGUAAAACAGUUUUUGAUAAUUUUUAAGUAAUUUUCUGUGUUAGACUGAUGUUUUUAACCGUGUAUAAAUAAAGUUAUCAUUCAUUCAACCAGGCAGUUCUUUCGCUGUUUAGUUUGUCAUUCCUUGAAUCGGGAAAAUCCCUCGACGAGCCAAAAGAAAACACAUGCAUAAGAGGCUACAUGUACUCUAGGGCGCUCUCUCUUUUCUUGACUUUCUAAUUUAGUACAUUAAAGUAAACAUUUCUUAGUGAUUCGUGGGUAAGGCGAAGUAGGAAAACCAAGUCUGGAGAUUUCAUUGGCUCCAUUGCUGCUGCUGCACGUAAUUUUUAUUAUACGAAGGCAGUGAUGUAGUAUAGUUGUUAUCAGAACUUUUUAUUUUUUAUCCAGGUUAUACUGAGUGAACCAGAGGUUGAUCGAGACGAGUAUGAAUAUGAACUGGAGAAGAGGACAACAGCUGUAUUUUAUUCUAUUACCUCGACGCAGAAAGGUAAUAUUGAGCAUCUUAUAGUAUAUGGAGAUAGUUCCGCAACAGACAGAAUCCUCUAGACUCUCUCUUAACGGACACCUUUAGAAGACGGACAUCUCAGUAAAACGGACAGCUAGAGUUGGUCUCUGCCUUAACUUUACUCCCUUUAUUUGACUCUCUAUAAUACGGACACUUAGUACCUUUCCAAAGGUGUCUUCUUAGAGCGGGUUGAAUGUAUGCCGCAAGUCUUGAAAAACAAGGAAUUAGUUUAGUUGACAGAAUCCUCCGUUUUGACCCCAAAAUCUGGUUAUGGAGACUUUUUCUCUUUUGCCCAAGAUCUAGUCCGUAAGUCCCAAAAAUGACCAACAUCAAUUUUUUUCUUUACAAUAUCAAUACAUAUUGAAGAGAAAAGGUUAUGAGAAUGAAAUUAUAACUUAAGGGAAAGCGCUUAGCCUGCGACGAGCUCUCUGGGGUGCUCUGGCAGAGGGGCAGGAAAAGGAAGGAGAGAUUGCAACUACGGUCUCUGGAAUUUGAAUUCCACCUCCAGUUCCCCUGUGACUCCCCGUCGACUGAGCUGUCAGAGUUUCGCCAAUCAGCACGAGGCGGAAACGAUCGCGAAUGCAAACAAAUAUUGAAAAACACGUGCCAAGGGUAAUGACGUCAUCUCCGCCAAUCAGGUCUUCGCAUCGACUUUUUCUAUGUAGAUAUUCGAAUUCUAGAGACGUAGCUGCAAGCUCUCCUUCCUUUUUCCGCCCAGCUGCCAGAGCGCCCCAGAGAGCUUGCUCGCUGGGUAGGAAAUGCUCUAAUCUGUUAUGAAAUUCUGCCAACUAAUUAUGUAAGUCACUGUGUGGAAAUGUGUCUGAGUAUGUGGGUACUGGGGGUGAAUGGUUUAAGUGAAGCCUCUUCGGCAUUCUUUCAGAUGGAUUCGUAAACGAAUAUUGUCGAUCCUUUUAAAAGCUGAAUGAGGCUUUGUUCACUCUGUACCUGAUAGCUUUUGCGCCAGCACAAAAACCAUACUGGCUAUGGCUUCUGUUCACACAUAGCAACAGUGAUUUUGGCGCGAUUUCUGUAGCGGACUAACUGAAGUGGAGAGUCACAUAUCGGAUAGGUGUUCAUACUCGGUAUCCGGUAUAGUUUUAAAAUAGCCUAAGACAAUACUCUUGGGUUCGAAAUGGUAAAUGAUAGUUGUUGUUGUUGUUUUCGUGCAGGACUUAGUGGUGUAGAUCUUGGUAAUUUUCUAAUAAAACACGUGGUAGAGCAGUUACAGCACGAGUUUCCAAACAUCACGCAGUACUCAACAUUGUCUCCGAUUCCUGGGUUUAGACAGUGGCUUAAACUACAGAUAAGCCACGCUCUAGACCAGCAAGGUAGGACCCUGUAAUAUUCAUAUUUACUGAACUCAGAACAACGGCUCCUGAUGGAAUGCGCGGUGGCCGAGUUUAUGGCUAGUGCUUUGGACUCCGUAUCAAGAUGUCCGGGCUCGAUCCCUGCCGGGGUUAUCAGGGAGCUUAAACAGCAACAACGGCGACGAAAAACGGCAAAAAAAGCAACAGGUUUAGAUUGACAAAACAACAACGCUGAACGUACAUCACGCGUUUUUGCACAUUUUUUUACCGUCGUUGUACGAUUAGGACGCAAAACUGCAUCAUUUUACAUUUCGUUGAGGACGUGAACACACAAGACAACGAUUUUCUAAUUCAUUUUGGGAUCAGUAAGAUACAGUCCUUUAGAAUUCAGGCCCAGAAAAAGCUCGUCAACAUUUGACGAAUUGAAAGACCUGGAUCUUGAGCGAUGAAUUUUGAAACAUGGUGAAUUCAGUUGUUAAGAGACCCUGUCGCAAACGUCUUCGUUGUCCUCGUUGCUUCAAGAGGAAGCUUCCUGUUAUCUUGUGUUCUUGCACAAGACACCAUUAUGGUGCCUCACUUCAGCCAUUGACCCUUUUAAGUAGUAGGAGUGACUAACAUCAAUUUUCUCCGUACAAUGUCCUUACAUAAUCAAGAGAAAAGGUUAGGAGAAUUAAUGAAGUGAUCACUACAGGGAAAAUGCCCUGAUCAAACAUUAAAUUCUUUCAGGAAAUGUGUGGAGAUCUUGGAGCCAUUGUUGUAAAUUACGCGAGGCACCCAAAGAAACUAAAGGGAACUUAAGCAAAGUCGUUUUUGAGCGACAUACGUCAACCGAAAGUGGCCGUUUUGCAUUACUGGGCAGCAAUUUUUGCCCUAUUUUCUGGCAAUUCGUCUCAGUAAGAAUAAAGAUACUUAGCCAUACAUAUUUUGGUAGCAUCAAGGCAUAUUAGAAGAGAAAAAGGCUCACUUCCGGUUGACGUGCGUUGCUCAAAAACGUCGUUGCUUAAGCUCCCGUAUGUCAACAUUUGGACCGGCCAGGCCGCGAACUAAUAAGCCGUGAACCAUUUUUGCGAGCAGUUUGCGUCUUAUGUAAGCCGUACUCGUAUAAAUGGUCCCUUUCGCGUCUUAUGUAAGCCGCGGCUUUUGUUUCUUUCGUAUAAACGACCUUAAUGAGACAAGGUCGAGGCUGGGUGGACAAUUUUUACACAGCACUGUAUGUUGUCAACCCAAGCCUGGAAUUGGUGCCUUUGUUCACGGGAAGGCAGGAUCCACAUAUUGAACUGGCUGUUUGUCGCUAGAUAAACUUUUCACCAUAAGACCAGCUUCAUAGUUUCCAUCUUAAUUGAAUUAAAGAUUUCUUCAUUUUCUUGUUAGAAAAUGAUCUUCCCCAAACUCUCCUUUUGGAAGAUGAACAAAAACAGAUUCUUGGAGCUCGUCAAAAUACGGACAUGUCUUCGCUUGUAGUGUUCAAGGUUGGUAUACCUGUGGCAUCCUUUGCUGCGUUUUUCCUGCUGAUAACUCAUUCUUAGUUGUUCCAUUUUAUCAAAAUAAAGGGCAUGCUACCCAUUAAUUAGGUAGACUUUAAACAUUUCCUCAAUCUUUGCGCUAAAAAUCGAUGAAGUCGCCAUCUUGGAUUAUGAGACAUAUUGCUCUGGGUACGGUGAGUUGAUGAUGAGAAUCCCUGGGGAUUGUGUGGGUGUCGCGUUCUUCGUAUAAUCCAAGAUGGUGACUACAUGCUCAAAAGUACCGGCUCAACGCUUCUCAGCCAAAACCUGGAAAGACUGCUAAAAGUCUAUCAUUUGCAAAUAGCAUGUUCGACAGACUUGCAGCAGGUUAAUCAUAAAACCAUCUUUCUUCCUUCUGUAGGAGAUCUUGGAGACCAGUGACUGGCAUCGUGACCCAGCCAUAUCUAACUGCUUGAAGUCCCCUCUGCUACGCUUGUGUGCCAGGUACCUGAUGGGCUGCUUGCAAUUCAAAUUAUUAAAGCAAUUACUUCUCAAAAUCCUUGAAAUGAAGAUGAGUUUAUUGUUAUGCCCUUAUAACUGGUUCAGCUUUGUUUAAAUUGCUCUGCCAUGACACUGUAAAUCACAAAGAUCUGUUUUAGCCCUAAAAGUGGGGCCGUUUCGGUGGGUAAAAUACAGUCCUAUUUUUGAGUCCAAUUUGGCUCCCUUAAAUCAGGGCCAAUACAGUCCAAUUACCUAGGGCUAAUGUGGACCCAAGCGCUGAAUUUUGAUGCGGCUGUUGUGGCUUAAUUUGUGCUCAAAUGGCUCCAGGAGGGGCUAAAUCAGACUUUGGCCAGCCGUGCUGAAUUGGCACUUUUUAAUUUUCAGUGUUGCACUUAGCCUCCCACGCAGGCGUUUUUAGGGGGGGGAUGAAAAACGAACUCCCCUAAAAACGCCUGCGUGGGAGGCUAUGUUGCACUAUACCUCAACUAUAAAUGCUAUAAAUAAUGCUAUAAAUGCAUGUCUUUGGCUUUUGAUUGUCAGUAUGGAAAAGGAUUACAACUUGUAAAAAUUGGGUGACUUUUUAAAUUUAAAGUCCUGUGCUGUAGAGAAAUGGCCAUAAACCCAUUAUGCUUUGUUUUCGCUUUCUGUUAGAAUCAUUUCGUAUCAUUCAUUUAGAGUUCCGAAUACGAUUUAAGCUCGGCUUUGACGCCCAAAAAUCAUAACAUACCCCCUUUAAAUUGAUGGACUGAUUAAUUGCGAGAGGCGGAGUCUGUUACAAAUUCCACGCUCUUUUCAGUAUGACCAAUCGGAAGUAACAUCAAACUUCGCUCACGUUUCCAGACGCGUGCGUUCGUUUCAAGCUGCUUUCUAAAUUUGUCUAACAUUUUGUGAAGACACAGAAUAAUUUAAAAAGUGUUAUUUCAAGUGGUGUCUUAAAGUUUUGAAUAGUCCAAGUCCUUUGUGAGUGAGUGGGGCAAUUAAUUAAUUUGGCAUGUUUUUAGAUUUGACAUCGAAUUGAAAACUGAUUUAUGACUUAAACUUAUUGUAAACCGUUUCAGGUAUCUGUACAAAGAAAAGAGAAGAGGAUUUGUCAUGGAUCCUGUUGGUGAGACUAUUCUCUUAAACUGAGCACUGUGAAUUAGGUCUUCUAUGAAAGGAAACCUAGAUAGGCGGGUGCGGUCACAAUGGACACUUUUACCGUGGGAUAUUGGUGUAGUGCAUGUGACCGGAAUUUCCUGAGAUAAAUUUCCCCAUGGAAAUAUCUAUGGCUACGUCAAAAAGAAGAUCGAAAGCGCCCAUGACAUUUGACGUGUUAAAUAGCUAGGGUGUGCCGAUACCCAAGGCAAAACCACACUGGAAAUCAGAAAGAUCUGUUUUAGCCCCCAAAAUAGGGCCGUUUCGGUGAGUAAAAUAGAGUCCUAUUUUUGAGUUUAAUUUGGCUCCCUUAAAUCAGGACCAAUACAGUCCAAUUAGCUACAAUCUUGGACAAAACUGUUGAGAAAAUUGUAUACUUGGACAGCAUUUUUCUAAACAUCGUAGCUGUACCGGUUUUUCCCUCUCCCCCUUCCCCUGAAAGCAAUGUUGUUGUGUAUUCAAAAGAAAGCCUGAUUCCUGGGCGUUUGUGGGAAGCAACAUUGAAUUGGGGGAAGGGGUUUUCUUUCCGCAAAGGCGUCGGCUUGGAAAUAGUUUUGUUGCGUAGGAAAGUGGACAUGAUGGGGAAAACUUUCUCAAGUAGUUUUGUCCGGGAUUGUAGCGCUGAUUUGGUCCCAGGGCUGAAAUGGGCCCUAGCGUGGGUUGGAAUAGCCUUUUGAUUGAGCUUUUUUGGCCUAAAUUGUGCUCUAAUGGCUCCAGGAAGGGCUGACGGAAUCAGACUUUGGCCUGCAAGGCUGUAUUGACACUUUGGGGCUGAAACAGAUCUUUUUAAUUUUCAGUGCAAUUUAGCAUUCUUCAUUAGACACCAACAUGAAACCGCAAGAAAAAAUGUUUUAUUUUAGCGGGUUCCUUGCGAGCUGUUUUAGGAAAGGUCGGUGUUGACGUGGCAGAUUUUCACGUUAAGAUGAAAGCAUCCGGGAAUAUUUUUUAGGGUUUUAAGGCAAGAUUUCAGCUGGUUUCUUGGGCCAGAUGUAAUAAAGAUAUUUACCAAGAAUAUGUUGGUAUCCUGACGGAUUUUCAAAAUGGGCUGAACUGUAAACUGGAAUCUAAGGCCUAGAUGAAGAAAAAGGGGUAUAUACCUUCCCUAAUUUAUCGGGACUAAUAUAGCAGAUGAAAUUUUUGCUUCAAUUAUACGUAAAUUUUUGAACAUAGCACGAAAUCCUUCCAUGGUCGACGGCGAUUAUUACCGCAAUAACGCGAUUGAAGCCGUAGGACUGACUAAUUUUCCUUGUUGAUUAAUUCACGUGUAACCACAUCUUACCACGUUAAACUAAACCCACGUUACGUCACGUGGGAAAUGCACGUAUCUGGGGGUGCUUACUACUAGCUGAUAGCUUACUCAAUCUUCUUUCCCAUUACGUAGUCAGCGAAGCAGGCUGUGUUCUGCAUAAACGGGCUAAGGGUUGCGGGAGUUGCUCUGUGUACAUGUCUCAUGAAUUAGGAAUUUUCUGUCCUGUUUUUUAGCUGUUGGUAAAAGUGACCGUAGCUUGCUCUUCUAAUAGGAUUCAAUUUUUUCUUUUUAAAGUCCAAGGAUUAUGGAAAUUUCCGCGCAGUAAAAAUCAUUUCUGAUUAGAUUCAUAUUUCUUUCCCCGAUAUUGUUGGAGACGAUAUAGAAGUAUUUCCGGGUUUGAUGGUCUCUUUAGGCCUCUCACGCAGCUGUUAGUUCAAGAGAGGCUACAGGUUUGACUGGUGCUUUUUAUUGGAGCUUUGGCCGUCAGGCAUUAUUCAAAAGCCCGAAUAAACAAACCAUCAAUAUGAUGAGAAUAUUAUUAAAACAUUAGUUGCUGAGAAAAGAGUUUGUGCACAAAUGAUCUCACAUGUGUUAUUUUUGCUUAAUUGUUCUUCCUUUUUUUGUCAGGAAAUUUUCACAUCAGGAACGGUGCAUGCAUGUGGAGACUGAACUGGUUUGCGGAUUUAAGUGCUAGAGGAUUGCAGAAUUCCUUUGGACUUAUGGUGAACUAUAGAUACGUUAUAGAAGAAGUGGACAAGAACAAUCAACAGUACUUACUUAACGGAACAGUGGCUGCCUCACCUCAGUUUCUAGAGCUACUAUAGUAACCUUCCAGGGUGCGCGUCAGGUUACGUGAUCGUGUGCGUUACUUCGUUGCUUGAUCGUGAUCGUGUACUCGUGUAACUUACUCAAAAAAAACACAGUUUCAAGAACUACUGUCAGUAGUAACUUUAACAGGUGUGUUUCAGGUUACCUGAUCUUAUGGGUUACUUGGUUGCGUGAUCGUAAUUGCCUGAUCGUGUAAAUUUCCCGGCUACGUUUUCAUGUGCGUUACAUGACUGCGUGGGGAAAAAUUUCGUGGUCUUAAAGCGCGAUUCUACUGGAAAGGUAAAACCGUCUUUGGUCUUUCUAUGACGGAGUUCCUGUCGAGAUAGGCGAUAAAAUCGAGAGCAGAGAUAAUAAUUUGACAAUGGAAGACAAUGUUUCUCAUAAAUGGCUCACAAACUUAUCAUUAGGCUAAUUUUAAUAACCUAAAGCAAUUAUUUAUCUUUUCGAAAUGUUUUAUGCUGCAGGGACUAAAAAACGGUUAUUUAUUUCAGUUUGCUGUCUCUACUACUAUUAAAGACAAC